GGCAUUUUCGCCUUACGUUUUGGUAGUUAAGACUUUGAGAUUACAUCAUGGCGCAGCGUGUUGUCCAACAGCACGCCGCGGGUAAUUCAACCGCUUACACCACCUCGACGCCGCAUUCCAAUGAACGAAGUCCUGAUCAGUCCCUAUGUGACAGCAGUCUUAGUACUAUGGGCUUGGACUCCAGCCAAGUCCUUUCACCCAAUGGACAAAUGAUCUGCCCGAGAAUCGAAGUCCUCCCGGAAACUCCUUGUCCAUCAAAUCGGGAAACUCCAGCUCCAAUGCCAGGACCGCCUGGAUAUGGCGUUAUGUCGCCGAGAACCCAGCUCCCAGAGAAAUUUUCCGAGCUCCGAAUGGAUCAAAAUGGGACACCACUGACGUUUCAAGAUUUCCCAACCACGACAACAGCAGCGGUGGAUACGGUGCACCACUAUGGGCAGGAGUAUCACAACAGUUUGCAACAUAACCUUCAAGGAACUGAAACGGGGAGCAAUCUAGCCUUCCAUUCACCUCAGUCGUACAUAGAUGGGUUCGAACCGCAGCAUGUUCACAGCAUUCCUGAUAACUUUGGUAGACAGAACAUGAUGGAGUCGGGCGGGAACGUAAAUGAUCAUGUCUCGGUAAAGGUCGAAUACGUGGACACGGCAGAAAACUUUAACUUUGUACCAAAAGUUGAAGAGAAACCAAAACUUCCGCACCAGACCAGUUACAAAGAGUGGCAAGGGCUGCAUACUAACCAGCCAAAUGUGCUGCAUGGUGCUCCCCGGGUAGUAGCAUCAAAGCCGUUGCAAAACUCGUUUCUACAAGUCCAUCAAGGAAAUCAACAAAUAAAGCCUUCGACCCCAAACUCCUUGAACCCUUACAAGGUCUUACCCCCGGUCACCCCUAACAGUACUGUCGGGGCAACACAUACUUUAUUUCAUGAAGACUUUCUAAUGCCCCCAGGCAGUGCCUUGUCCACGAUCAGCGGACUCAGUGGACUCUCCCCGUUCCAGUUAUCUCCAGCUGGAUCGACCUUCCAUAGCCCAAGACAUUCCGCGCGAUCUGGUAACAGAUUAUUAUCUGCUAACAACAGAAAACGAACACACUCCCUAUCUCCAAUGUCGAUGGACGGAUUUGACCUGAACAACUUGAUUCGAGUCUCCCCGAGCUCGCUUUUAUUUACGAACCAUAUUUCGCCGUAUGGAGAUACUCCGUUACCGAACAUAGGGCCGAACGUAAGCGGAGCUGAAUUUAACGGUACUUAUGGACACUUGAUCGCACGGGCCAGUGUCACUCCGCCGGACGGAACAAUAUCUCGCCAACUGCUGGUAGCCACCCCGGGAAGCAUGAUUAACGCCCCGGCAUCAGGAGAAUACAUGUCCGGCGCAUAUUCGAACAUUUUCCCGAGCGAAAACACGAACCCUCACUCAAUGCACGCGACCACUUUUCACCCCAACUCUUUUGUGAGUUCCAACCACUUCGGUCCUCCCACGCAGCAGCUGGUAGUAGCAAGACAUCAAGACAACUUACUGAACGACCAUCAGCCACCGAGGCCCCCACCGUACCCGCAUACAGCUCCGCACACCUUUGACCCGAACACCCAAACUUCCCAACACAAUCCCCACCAUUACACCAACCACUCCACACCGUACACCUCGCACAUCAAACUCAACGUCUCGGAGGAGGAACAUACAAUGGACGCUUACUUGCACAGCGCUACUAGAUCCACAGCUUGUACACCUUCACCCACGAAGACAACCGACGCCGCGAAGCUUGCUAAGGAGUCCGGCACUUGGACCUGCAUGUGGGCGGAAUGUAACCUGUUUUUCCAAGACCAAGAAGACCUGGUCAAGCACAUCGAGAAAGUUCAUAUUGAUCAAAGAAAAGGAGAGGAGUUCACUUGUUAUUGGAUGAACUGCCCACGUCAGUACAAACCAUUCAAUGCAAGAUACAAGCUGCUUAUUCAUAUGAGAGUCCACUCCGGUGAAAGGCCUAACAAAUGCACGUUUGAAGGUUGCAACAAGGCGUUUUCACGAUUGGAAAAUCUUAAAAUUCACUUACGUUCGCACACCGGUGAAAGACCGUACGUCUGUCAACAUGAUGGAUGCAACAAAGCGUUCAGUAAUUCGUCUGACAGAGCUAAACAUCAACGUACCCACCAAGAUACGAAACCAUAUGCGUGCCAAGUGCCUGGAUGUAACAAACGUUAUACUGACCCAUCUUCGUUAAGAAAACACGUGAAAGGUGGCCACGCUGCAAAGGAGAGUCAGCAAAGAAAGAAGAUGCGAAGCCUGGAGAUGUCUGGCGCUGGAGACAACAAACUUGGAAGUUGCCUUACGAUUCAACCGUUGCAUCUACUGCCACAUGAAGACAACUAUAGCAACGAAUCGGGUAUCAACGGACACGGUAGCAGAAGAUCUAUGCAUCCUCCUAUGAGCUCCUCGCAUCCUUUCCAAGUAAACCAGAGAAACGACGUCGUCUCUUCCAUGAAUGGAGCUUCUACCCCGAUAAAACACAAUCUAGGAAAUCACCUUCAUACCCAUGUACGAAGGACCCCACACCCGCCUUUCGCCCCAGCCUCCCCCCACCCACACGCCUUACCCCCGCUGCUGAACCAGCAUCCCAGCUCACAAAACGGCGCUCACUUCACCAACUUUGUGCAGCAGGCUGUUGUCACAACCCACCAGCAGCGAAACCCUCACACUAGAUCCGCAUACGCCGACCAUGAGCAUCAGCAGAACUCUGAUUUCCACCAUGCAGAAUCAAUGCAGCUGUGCGACCCACAGUUAAUGCCCCCUCCCCCGGCGCCCCCGUUAAAGACUCGCCACUCCGACGUACACGGUCAAAACUCUUACGCGGCGUCGCAAACAAGAGAGCGAAGCCACAGCAGAAAUGCUGUGCAGAAUGGCCAUAACUACCUGACACCUCACCCACCUACAACGUCAAGGCCACAUUCCCGAAGAUCCAUGUUAGAUGGAACACCGACACGAGGUUUUUUGGACGAUACUGAACAGGAGCAACAUUCUGUCAUGGAAAAGCUAAGGGUGUAUGCUGGGGCGUCUCCGCAUCACUUAUCGCCCAGGCAAUUAGUGGAAGGAGUUGGCAUGUCUUACGACGCUGUUCAACGCGCCAUCUCGGCACGCAGUAAUAUGUCCGUUGAUAGAGGAGGUUUAGACGUGCCACCAAGUUCACCGUUCAGUAUGCGAACCAACAACGAGUCCAUGAGAAGCCACGAAUCGGGAACCUACUUACAAUUGAACGCAGUGGACAGGUGUCCCAGCCAGCUGUCAAUGGUUUACGCUGAUGGACCAGUGUGAUUUGACUAAACGAUCGAUAUAAAUUAAACACCUUUUAAGAAGAAGAAGAAAAAGCUUCGUUUUUUUCAUGAGAUUUAACUAGACAUCAUUAUACGGUAAUUUAUUUAGGCACUAUGUUUUAUGCCUCCUUUAAAUUUUUAUAUAUUUAAAUCUGUUCUGAGUUCUCCCAUAGUUUCCAAAUCAUACAUAGUGUUUUAAGUUCAAUUCUAAAGUGCUAAUUCUUCAAGCGUGGUAUGCCGGUUUCUCAACCAUAUGUCUCUUACCCUGGAUAUGCACGACACUGCCAGCAUACAAAUUAUGACGGAAUAUAUUUCGACAUAAGCCUACAUGUCACUCGUAUUAAUUGUGAUAGCCUGUGCCAAGUUCCAUUUUCAUACUGUACAAUUCUAUUGAUUAUUCUGUACAUAGAGAUACAUUCUUCUGUUUUCGCGCAUUCUACAUUGUGAAUCUAUAUGUUACAAAUUUUCUCUUCAUUUCUGGCACUGGUUGCUGGACCAUGUUCCUUUGUUUAAGUAAAUGUGACAUUGUAUUGUGUUCGGGUGGUCACCCUGUUCCAUGUGCUAAGCUCUUGGCUCAUUUGCUUUUGUUUCACUACAUCAUUGUGCACUUUAAUAAACUUCACUGUCAA